AUGGUUGACUUGUUACGGACAAUUGUGCGCGUGGCGUACUGGUAUGGUUUAUCGGUGGGAGUGGUUAACUUCGAGGUAGAUUGGCGCAAGGGAAAAGCUAUAGCCACUCGACGAGUCACUAUAUAUGCGGCUUUACACAAUUUGUGUUUAAUAACUUUGCUUUGUUUUCUAAGCGUCAACCAUAACUCCUUAAAAUCGGAUUUUAGUAACGCACGAUAUCUGCAUGAGUACUUUUUUCUGCUAAUUACCGUGGUUCGAUAUUUUGCCGUAUUGCUUUCCCUAAUCUCCAGAUGGAUUCAGCGGACCAGGAUCCUUAGAUUGGGGAAUCAAUUAGCUCAAAUGGUCCGCGAAAAACACAGAGUAUUUCUUCAAGAUCGCCACCGAAUUUACCUGAAAUUUUUCAUCUGCUUUAUGUCCGACUGCCUUCAUAUGAUUUUGGAUCUAAGUGCUCAGCGGGAAAAAAUUAAUUUCAACAUGGUCAUUAAUCUCCUUAUUUGGAGCGCAUUCACCACUAUUUUCAACUCGAUUGUAUUCCAGUAUUACUUGGCCGUUUCGCAAAUUUUCGGACUAUAUAAUGUUAUUCAGCAAGAUUUGCGUAAAUUAAUGAGUGAAGCUGAAACUAUCUGCUUAACAUGCAAUCAUCGAGGAGGAGUUUUUGCCUUAAAAUGCUGUGCCUUGGCAGAUAAAUUAGAUGAUUUGGCUGAAAGACAAAACAAAUUGCAGCAUACACUUAGCGAAAUGUCGGAUGUCUGUCAAAUACAAAGCUUCAGCAUGAGCUUGGUGUAUUAUCUUUCCACCAUGGGAUCUAUCUACUUCACCUUCUGUUCAAUAAUUUAUAAUAAAACUGGAUUUGGUUCCACAUAUUUGGGCCUUUCGUUGAUUGCUUUAUCUACGGCUUUCUUUUAUGCGGAUAACUGGAUGUCCAUUAGUAUUGGUAUAAAAAUACGCGAUCAGCAAAAUAAAGUAAUGAGAAUAUUGGCAGAUCGAACUUUAUUAAGCCCUGAACUGGAUAAGCGAUUGGAAAUGACAUUUGAGAGUUUUCAGUUGCAGUUGGUUCGAGAUCCUCACGAGUUUUAUGUCCUGGGACUCUUCAAAGUGGAUCGGAGUCAACUAUUGUCCAUGAUGAACUCAGUUAUAGUUCACUCUAUUCUUCUAGUUCAAUGGGAACUGCAACAUAAUUAA